AUGAGAUCUGCCGUUGUCCUUUCUUUCCUUUCAGGAGUUGCCCUAGGGGCACCCACCCUACAACCUUUGAGAAUCGGUUCAGAAGGCCCGGGUCCUGUUUUCGAUGGGCCUGUUCCUAAGGUCUCUGAAGAUAAACGCAGCCCCGCCAACCCCGGUGUAGGCGAAUCCGAUCUUUCAAUUGGCCUCGGCAUUCCGGCUGUUGUCGUCGACGGAUAUCCCAUCAAGGUCCCCCGUGUCAAACGCGAUCCUGCCGAUGAUGGGGACGACUCUAAGUUCUCAAUCGGUUCCCAUUCAAUCAUAACUGGAGGCCCUGCUCUUUCAAUUGGCGGCCAAUCCCAAGGAGGUUCAGUGGGAAACGACCCUGGUUCGUCAAUUUCCAUUCACAUUCGCGAACCUGAACCAAAUCCUGUCAAGAAGCGUAGCCUCGAGUUUAUAACUGGAGCUUCAGAUAUUGGAAUUGGCACGUCAGCUACAGGUGGAAGCGUAAGUCUCUCUGGGAACUCAAAAGGCAAAGAUGGCAAGCAUGGUAAAGACGGCAAAAAUGGCAAGAAGGGUGAUGGUAUUGCCAAUGGUGGCAACGGUGGUGAUGCAUUGGUGCCCGGCAGUCGUGCUGGCAAUGGAGGAAACGGUGGCAUUAUCAUCAAUCCUUAG